GAAAAAUUAGAAGAGAGAGAAGCAAAAACGGGAAAAAGGAGGAAUGAAGAAAUCAGGAGCAGAGAAGAAGAAAACCCGAAGAUCUUCGGCGUCAGUACAAAACGUCAGCAGAGAUCCAGGCUCCGGCACACCUCCUAGGAAAAAAGCUGCAAAAAAGGAUGUGUUUCAGUUGUUUGCUGAGAAAGUGAGGGACCACAAAGAUUUGGUUUCUAGAUGGGCUGUCUUGCAGGAAACUCGUGUUGAAUAUUUCAGAGGGAAGGAUUUUGUAAGCUUUAUGAAAAAUCGUUCUGAGCUUAAAGAGAUACUCGAGUCGGAUAGAAAUCUAGAAACUGAAGAUAUAGCUGAUAUUUUGUUACAAAAAAAUCUUUUGGUGCGCUGUGACCGGGUGGUGAAAACUGUUCGUCCGGGGAAGAAGAAGUUGUCUACCUGGCCUGCACAUUUAGAAACUUUCCCUGAACAAGUGUUCUCUGAAAAUGAUGCGUUUUUUGCAUGGACAUUCGUAAAACGGCGGCCAUUGUGGCAAACAAUUCUCUCAUUUAUCUGGCCUGUGUUGACGCUUGCAAUUUGCUUGUUUCCUGUGUAUCCACAUCGAUGCAAAUUACUUAUACUCUACUGUUGUGCGGGAGCGCUUCUACUUAUUCUCUCGUUGCUUUUAUUGAGAGCUGCAAUAUUUGGUGCUGCAUGGAUAAUUCUAGGAAAACGUGUUUGGUUCUUCCCCAACAUUCUUGCCGAGGAGGCAACAUUGCGAGAAUUAUUCCGUUUUUGGCCCAAAAAAGAUGAAGAAGAGCGACCGAAAUGGACAGCAAGGCUGUUCUAUGCAAUAGUGGCGAUGUUGGUCAUAUUGUUGCUGAGGCACCAUGCCCCUAAUGAGGCUGCUAGAGCAAGGUAUCAAAAGCGAAUGUCAAAUAUAAUUGACGAUGUCCUUGAAUGGUCUCCAAGCCUGGCUCUGUCCGGGACGAUGGACAAACAGACGGCAUUCAAUGCUACAGAAAACAACAACAAUUUUUCAAACGAAAGCAAUGCAACCUCACAGUCAACUUCUGCAGAUGAAACGGGAAAUUUGGACCAACCGGAUCAACAUGAGAACGAUAGCAUGUGAUAGAUUUUGUUUUAGAUGGUUCAUGGUGCAUUUUGUUGGACUUUGUCGAAAAAAGUGUGAUAUCAAAUGAGGAAAAGAGAAAUAAGGCGGUUAUUUAUUAAGUUGGUGUUUUUGAAGGGUAGGUCACAGCACUAACUAUAGGGCAGCGAUGUCUUGGGAUGUUAUAAACUAUACAUCCAUUAAGACGUUUGAUGUGCUUUAUGUUUUGGUAACCUUUGAUAAAGUU